CCUCGGGUGUGUCCGGCUCUUUACCGCCUGUGAGCCGCUGUUUCCGGCCACAGUCCGCCCCGCGCCUCGGUCUCCUCCGGGGCUCUUAAUGUGAAAGCGUCUGUCCUUAUCUGCUUCCUGUGUCUUAUCAGGGGGACAUAUGUGGGACUUGUUUACGUCCGUCUCAGUUUGGACACAUCCAGCGCUCCAACCGCGGUUCUUUUCAUCGACUCGUCCUCAGACUCUCGGCCGAACAUGAGCGCUCCUGUCCGGGCUCGGGUGGCGCUGGUCCUCGGGGUUCUGUUCUGGUUCUCCGGGUCUCAGGUGUCCUCUGUCCCCGCCUGCAGCCUCCACAUCCCCCCGCACGACCAGGUGGCACGUGUGGCGAGGUUCGUGGUGCACUUGUGUGACUGGGCGUCCCUGGCGACGGUGGCGUCGCGGGCGCCGGUCGAGGGGCAGCCGUUCUCAAACGUUUUCUCCAUCAGCGACGGCCCACAGCUCCAGAGCUCAGGGGUCCCGUACCUGUACCUCACCCCCCUGGAGAUCUCUGUGCAGGACCUGCAGGUGAGUCCGGUCUCGUCUUUGUCCGUGUCUUUGGCUCAGACCGACUUCUGCAGAGACUCAGGCUACGACCCCCAGAGCCCCCUGUGCGCCCACGUCAUCCUGUCCGGCUCUGUAAUACAGAUAAACGGAUCGGAGGCGGAUUUUGCUAAAAAGUCUUUGUUCAGUCGACACCCGGAGAUGAUGGACUGGCCCCACGACCACGGAUGGUUCUUCGCCAAGUUCAACAUCACCCUGGUCUGGGUCCUGGAUUACUUCGGGGGGGUGAAGACCGUGAGUCCGGAGGAAUAUUUCCAAGCGUCUCCGGAGCCCAACAGGAAGUACUGGCCCUGAACAGGAAGUACCGAGGCAUGAUGGGAAAUGUAGUCUCCUCAGGGACUCCAGCACUUUAAAAACUUUUGUCACUUUUUCAAUGAUUUUUAAAUAUAUUUAAAUGUUUGAUCUUUUUAUCUUCAGUUUUAGGAUUUUUUUCCCAUUUAGCAAAAAAAAAAGAAAACAUUAAAGAAAAAAAAAGAUGUUUGAUGUUUGUUAUUUGUAGUAAAAGUCGCACUUUUGUUUUGGCUGAACUCUGCUGAAAGUGCACGUGACGCUCAUGGAAGUGCACGUGAUGACCUGCGUGAAGUCGCGCCCAUCAAACGCACAACUACACAAAAAUUCUCCCAACGUUUGUGUUGUUUUGUGUGUGACUGUUUCAUUUGUGUGAGUUUAUUUCUAAAAUUAUUCAUAUUAUUUUUGUAGCAUUUCUAAGAGGUCUUUUGCGCUCAGCUGACAGACUCGGGUCGUUUCUCUUCUAGUUUUGUGGAGUUUUGUUAAAGUCGCUGUCGUCAACUGAACAGAAAUGACCAAAAUAUCAUUUACACAAAAAUAAUAUUAAUCAUUUUAGAAAUAAACUCACACAAAUAACAGUCACACACAAAACAACACAAACCAAACACAAACAAUUGGUUAAAUUUUCUGCUGUUUCACAUUUUGACUCAUCGACACAAAAUAAAACUGGUUUAUGUGAUUCUGGUUCUUAAAAUAUGAACAAACUUUACAACACAAAACACAACGACUGACUCCAUUUUGUCUCGUUUUAUUUCAUUUUGAAGUUUCCUGGGGACUGUUGACCCCAAUUUGACCAAUAAAAUAAUCGUUAAUAUCUACAAAACUUUACAGCACAAACGACUGACGUGGUUUUUGUGCAGGUUUGUGUUUGAUGAGACUUCAUGCAGGUUUCAGAUUUGACCCAGAUUUGUUUUUUCUUUUUUCAUUUUGUGAACGGUCGAGUGUGUAAACGACUCAAGAGCCGUGACCGGACUCAAAUAAAAGAGCUCAGCUUUAUUUAGUGAUAUAAAAUGUCAGAGUGUGUUUCUUGUGCCUAAACUGUCUCUGUGUUUUGGAAGGACUUUUCCUCUGCUGACAUAAGCAGAGGGAUCCUUGUGUGACCCAAAUUACCUAUAAAAUAAUGAAACCAAAAUAGGA